AUGUAUGGGUCCCCCUCCUCCACCCCCUCCUCCAAUUUCGAUUCCUCCUCCGCUUCGCAAUCCAAUCUAUUAGUUGAUUCAGAGACACCUGGAAGCUCUAGUACAUCUCCUCCAUCAGAGACUGCAUCGGUUCCUAAUAGUGUCACAAAAGAAAGAUUGGUUCCCGAUGGAAAAACAAGUUGGUUACCUUUCCCUCCUGGUUCUCAGAAGAUUACAGAGAUCAUCAAGAAACGAUAUGAUAAACCGUACAAAAAGUUUGGAGAUGUCCCUCUUCCGACAAAGAAGCUUUGGUUUAAGGAAUGGAAGAGCCACUUUCUUAUUGAUGAUGAUGAUGAUGAGUUUUUCUGGAGGGCUUUCAAGUAUAGGACAAGUAAGCGAUUUAGCCAAAUGAUGUCAGAUAUCCGUGAGGGUGUGGAUACAACCCACGAAUGGCUAAUUCCUGCUUACAAAAAGGUGUUGGAAAGGUAUUGGGAAACAGAUGAGAAAUGGAAAAAUAUAAGGAAAAAAGCAAGAGAGAAUCGAGCGUCACUCUUAGGUGGUUCUGUUCAUUGCGGUGGUUCUAUUCCAUUGAGCUCAACUAUAGAGAGGAUGAAGAAGCAGUUGGGUCGUACACCAACCCACGAGGAGGUCUUCAAAGAAACCCACACACUUAAAAGUGACAAGUCUAAAUGGGUGGACAAGCGCUCUCAAGACACUCAUAGCUACUUUCCUUUAGAGUUUGAGAUAUUCACAAAUCAACACGUUGGCCUCAGGACUUAG